AUGGUAUGGGGUCCUUCUAAGAAGGGUUUAUUUAGUGUCAAGAGUACCUACUUUCUGGAAGAAGCAAGGGAAAAAGUAGUGCAAAGGGAAACAUUAGAAGAGAUUGAGAUUGACAGUAGGUGGAAAAAUAUAUGGGGGUUGGAUAUAUCUGGAAAGAUAGCAUCAGAAACUGCAGGGGCACUUGCAUACUUCCAAUCUUCAACUUCGGUGCCGAUUUUACACAGGGAUGUGAAAACUGCAAAUAUACUUUUAGAUGAUAACUAUUCAGCAAAAGUGGCUGACUUUGGAACUUCAAUUGUGGUCCUUGUUGGAUCAAACACAAUUAUCUACAUUGAGUUAUUGACAGGUGAAAACGCACUUUGUUUUGAUAGGCCGGAAAAGGAUAGAAAUUUGGCAAUUUACUUAAACUCUGCAGUAAAAGAGGAUCAAUUGCAUCAAAUUCUUGACAAUCAAAUUGUUAAUGAUGUCAAUAUUAAUGCAAUAGAUGAAGUUGCUAAUAUUGCAAAAUGGUGCUUAGGUGUAAGAGGGGAGGAUAGGCCAACUAUGAAGGAAGUGGCAAUGGAGCUAGAAGGAUUGAGAAUUAUAGGAAAACAUCCAUGGGUAAAGGCUAAUCUUGAUACAGAGGAGACUGAAAACUUGCUUGUGCCACCUACACACUUGUUCAACAUUGAUGUCUACAAUGGUUCUUAUGCAAAAAUAGACUAG